AUGGUUCACCAGGCUGCCAUUGCGAUCGAGCAGAUCCUUUCGCUGUGCUGCCAGCAGGGUGAAGCUUGGGGUUCGCAGAGCCGCACCUGUUCGAGCUACAACGAAUCCCUGGAGCUGGUGCCAGCCGGGCUGCACGGAUUGUGCCUUUCGACCAUCGAAAUAUGCUGCUCGAAGCAGCACAAAUUUUACCAAUGUACUGCCGGUCACAUAGCCGCCCGGCAGGGUCGCAGCUGUUCCCCGAAGGGUGACCAGUCCGGGUCGGAAUUUUACACGGAUUGCUGCGAGGCGUGCAAAAUAGGGCUGGUGGUUGGCUCUAGUGCCAACAAGUGCUCGGUGGAACCGUUCGCCUUCGGCAGUCCCUGGGACGAAAUCUAUGACGAUUGCUGCGAAAACGAAAUCAAGAAAAAAGUUGGACACGAUGAGCUGGGCUUGUGUGAGCAGUUCCCGUCAAUCUGCUCGCAGGUGUGCGAGAACGUGGAGGAUGGUGCGUAUGUAUGCAAGUGUCAUCCCGGAUUCGAGCUGAUGGACGACAACAAAACCUGCGCCCCGGUAACGGACGAGGAUAAUGAAGCAGUCGAGCGAAAGGGUACUAUCAACUGUGGCCCAGGAUUCAAGUACAACAAGCGCACGGACGAGUGUGAAGACGUGAACGAGUGCGAAACGGGUGAGGCCACAUGUAACACGGUGAGCCAAGUUUGUCGCAAUACGCGCGGAAGCUUCGUAUGCGUUGAUAUCGUCGUACCGGACAUUGCCUGUGAUGCAGGGUACGAACCGAAGAAUGGCAAAUGCGAAGACAUCAACGAAUGCGAAGAGGAUGGUGCCUGUGACGAAGGAUACCGUUGCGACAACAUCGAAGGCUCGUACGAGUGUAUUGCUGUGGUGAAGAUUUAUCCAACCCAAACGCGGAAGAAGGUGGAAACGUGUACACCCGGUUUCCGGCGACAUAAUGAUCAGUGCGUGGAUAUUGAUGAGUGUGCCGCCGAUAAGAAUGCCUGCGACAGUAAUCAGGUGUGCGUGAACCUGAUCGGAGGAUUCAGGUGUGAUUGCAAAAUUGGAUUCAAUCUGGAUUCGAUUACGAACGCGUGCGUCGACAUCAACGAGUGUCAGGUGAACGCCCACGAGUGUCUGGAGACGCAGCGCUGUGACAAUACGAUCGGUUCCUACACGUGCAUACGCCUCCAAAGCUGUGGCACCGGAUACACUCUCAACGCUGAAACGGGCAACUGUGAUGACGAUGACGAGUGUGCUCUGGGACGUCACAAUUGUCUGCCACCGAACGAAUGCUUCAACACCAAGGGUUCGUUCCGGUGUCGUAUUCCGCACAGACAUUACUUGCAGUCCAGCACGUCCACAUCCACGACCACUACCACGAGUACCACCGUCCGGCCAUCACGAUACAAUGCCGGGUACGGUAACUAUCCAACGUCACGCUACUCAUCAUACCAGCCGUAUCUGCCACCGUGCGGAAUUGGAUUCGAGCGGAACAGUUUGGGCGCGUGUGUCGAUAUUGAUGAGUGUGCACGAGGUGCUAGUUGUCAUCGGCAUCAGCAGUGCAUUAACACGAAUGGAUCCUAUCGCUGCCGUGAUCUGCUGUCCUGCCCCGCAGGAUACCGUGUUAAUGAUGACAUUACGGAGUGUUUAGAUAUCGACGAGUGUGCUACCGGUGAGGCGGUCUGUGGUCCGGAGCAAACCUGCAAGAACAAAAAGGGAGGUUAUGUGUGCGUUUGUCCACCGGGGCAUAUGAUCGGUCGGAACAAGCGCUGCGAGGACAUUGACGAGUGUGCAAUUCAUGGUUCGAAGGUUUGUCAGCAAAACUCCAACUGCGUCAAUACGAUCGGAUCGUACCGGUGUGACUGUAAGGAAGGGUUCAAAAAUGGACCGAAUGAGAUGAUCUGUACGGAUGUGGACGAAUGUAAGGAAAUUCCCGGGCUCUGCCAUCAAAGGUGUUUGAACUACUGGGGCUCGUAUCGGUGCGGAUGCCAUCCGGGCUAUCGGCUAGGCUACAAUAAUCGGACCUGUGACGAUGUGGAUGAGUGUGAGGAGUACAAGUCGGCUAAUUUGUGUGUGGGCAUCUGCGAGAAUACACCUGGAUCGUAUGCAUGCCGUUGCCCGCAUGGCUACAAGUUGGGAGCGGAUGGACGAAGUUGCAUAGAUAUUGAUGAAUGCCAAGCUGGAGAUGUAUGCAACAGACGCCAUGAUAUUUGCACUAACAUCGGCGGAAGCUACCGGUGUACGGCCAUCGAAUGUCCCUUCGGCUAUCGACACGAUGCGGACCGUCGAAACCGUUGCGAACGAACGAACCGUUACUGUAACAUUGGUGACAUGGAAUGCAUACGAAGACCUCACUCGUAUUCCUACAAUUUCUUAACGAUCGUGUCCAACAUUCUGCUGCCACCGGAGGGCCGUGGGCUGUUUACGUUGGCCGGUCCGUCCCAUUUCCAAAUGAUCGAUUUCGAUCUGAAGCUAGUUUCGGUCGAUGCGGCUCCACAUGUGAAACCAGUAGAUAUUCAUUAUUUCGGGUUGGAAAAACGAACGAACGAAGCACAACUUAAUUUGAGAAAGAGCAUUGAAGGGCCACAAGACAUUGAGCUCGAGUUGAGCAUGAGCAUAUUCCAGAAUGGGGAACUGUACGGCACUAAUGUGGCCAAGCUGUUCCUGAUGAUAUCGGCGUAUGAAUAUUAA